CAACAGGUAUAUUCGGUAUAACUUUAUCACAUCAAGAACCAUUCAUGAUUCAUCUCUCUGGAUAAGGCUGCGUUUUUAUACUUCACAACACACAAUUCUCUGAUCAGAAACUAAAAUGGCUAAAGAAGCCAUGAAAACUCUCAUCGCUCUCCAACACCCUUUCCUCUACCUUCCAAAGCCAAUCCCAUCCACUCAACGCAUCUCCCUCCUCCCGCACGAAACCGCGAAUAAGAAUCCAAACUUCAACCGGAUGAGAGCACGGAAACUGCAAGCGAAAGCCGCAAAGGGCUUCGGCGGGGCCCCAGCCACGAAAAGCAAGCGGAAGGCCGACAGCGACGAGGAGGGCGAGGACGAGGACGAGAAAUUGCCGGAGGAUGUGUGGAACAGAAUCACGAGGAGGAUAUUGUUUUACGUGGGAGCUCCGAUGGCGACUGGUCUUGUUUUGGUGCAAAUCCUGGGCACGGUGAAGGAGCGAGGGAUCUGGGACGUGCCUAACUGGGUGCCGAUUUUGACGAUUUUCGUGUUUCUCAGUGCGUCGACUCUUGGAGUUGCCUAUGGGGCUCUGUCGGCGAGCUGGGUUUCUGAUAGGGAAGGAUCUGCUCUAGGGUUUGAAGAAGCUCAGAGAAAUUGGGCUGAAAUGUGGAGAGAAGAUGAUGAUCAAAACAAGUAAUCAAAUUUUUAUGUACAUUUCAUAGUUUUAUGUAAUCAAACGUCCAUUUGCCUUUCUAUGAAAUAAGUGUUAAUUUUACAAAAGGACCAACACAAGUACACAACCACCAAGAGAAGUUACAAAUAGUGAAAUGUAACAAUUGCAAUAAUUAGAGAAUGAAAAAAGUAUUUUAUUA